UGGGCAUUAUGCCUCCGCUAUCGAAGAUACGAGACUUUCAGCCUUUUAGAAUGAAAUUUCAUCGACAACGUACUCCCUGUGACAAAUAUCCAUUCUUAUCCUCAACAAAAAUGUACGGUCUAUUUCACUGAAGACUUCUGUUCGAGUUUCUUUUUAUUGAUCAAGGAAGAGAAAUUUCAACACAAUGCCGUUUUCUAGGAGCACUGGGCGGCGGAAACCGCCCGCUGCAACAUCGGACUCGAAGACCACCGCGAUGGGCAUGAUCGCGCUGAUCAUGCAUGUCCAGUUCCAGUGCUUGGUCCAGCUCUUUCUCUUCGACUUCUGUGGAGUCCUGUUCAAUGCCACAGCGAUUCUUGUGGCCGGUUCGACAAAUGACAAUGGUCUUGUCGGGAAAAAGGAAAGCAGUUCAUCCCCCGGUAAGAUCGCGAUGAAGAAGUACUACGCAGCUGCACAACCUGCUACAACAGGCUCUCGUCGCUCCGCAGCGGUCGUUCUCGCAGCCACAGACGACGAGGAGGCAACACACCAUCAAUCUUCGGUGAUACUAACCGAAACUGGCACGAUUGACCAGCACGACGCAGACGAGCACCCAGAGGACGAUGAACAAACCCAGAACUACUAAGGUGACCAUGCGAGCGUGGUUUUCUUCUCGCCCCGCCCACGCGCCUUCAUACAAGGACAAGAACAGAACGACGACAACCCGGAAGUUGUACACGACACGCAGCAGGGAGAAAAUAAACCCGCCGGAUCGUCGAUGAUGGAACAACAAGAGCGGAUGGAAAGCCUGCGCCUGGCGUUUAGUAAUAUGAUUCCUUCACGUUUUUCACCUACAACACCGCUACUAGCUCCUCCGACUGCUCCUGCAUCUCCCCCAAGCCGGCAACAGGAACCAAAACAGAAAAAGAAGUGGUGGCCUUUCUCCACCUUGAGUGCAGCUGCUAGUGCUGCAGCUUCGUUCGCGCGAGGCAACCGACCCCGGCGCACAAAGCCUGCUUUGCCACCGGCUUCACAAGCUGCACCAGCAACGCAAGCAGUUCCACAGGCAAGUGGCAGUUCUGGUGAUGGUGGGGGUGGAAGCGGCGGAGGCGGUCCUCCUGUGUCCUUCGCCGCGAGCGAAGGCAGUGGCGUUCCAGGAAAUAAUGGACGUGGUGCUUGGGCAAUGAAGAAGAUGAAGUUGCUAAAGGGAAAACUCGCCAAUCUGCUUUUGCACGGCGCUGCACAGGCUGUGGAAGCAGAGGGCAAGAGAAGAGACCCCGCGAGCCAAGAAAACCAACCAUUCAUGAACCGAGACCCCGAGAGCAAAGCAAACCAACCAAUCACGAACCGGAUCAACAACGAUGGUAAUAGUAAACGUGGUCGUGAAGGAUAACUAUCAUUCAAAUGAUACACCAGCAUGUUUUGCGAGAUGCUUGUGUUGUUAUAAGAUUUUCACUUGUUCAAGUUCAGAACAUGAUACUUAUAAUUAUAUGAACAACGAACUAAAAAGGUUACGGCGGCCCCUCGUGGUCCCUCACGCAGCGCCACGACCAUGUGACACACCCCAAAACUACGCAGGCUGCAGCGGAGGAAGACAAGGACGCUGCGCAACUGAUCGGAAAUGACCACUCCGUCUCAUCUUCUCCGCCACUCAGCGUCCGCUCCAUCGCAAGGCGGGGAGUCGCUGGCGGAACAGCCGGUGAGGACACCACGACGAGUCGGUACGUGGACCACACGUCCUCGUCUUCCUCAUCGAUGAUGGAGGCUGUGACCGAGCCCGGUCGUAGUGUUUCUGCUGCGCAGUGGAGCUCGAUCCACACUCAUGGUCCGAGUGCUCUUUCUGCUCAAGUUCCCCCGGGGGGUGGGCAGAAAGCAAAUGCAAGUGACCCGCCCGGUGGCAGAAUAGCUGCAGCCGCCGCUGCGUUUGCGACGGCGGGAGCGGCCGGAGGUGGCGGAGGACGGCGCGGUGGAGGUGGUCGCGGGGGGCGCGGCACUGGCACGACCACAACAAGUGAGGAGCCCACACCUAAUGGAGGAGGUGGCUCCGGAAGCACACAGGGCAGCUCUGAUGUUCCCCUGGCGGCUGCACUUGGGGAAGAGGCUGCUGGGAACGGGGUUCUUGCCGAGGGUGAAACUCUUCGAGCCGCCGGAGACAAAGUUGAAGAGUGGAGAAGAAGCAGAAAUCAAGAAACCCAAUCUGCUGCGUCCUUCACCGAGCAGCUCCAGCACCAGCAGGACGGAGUAGAAGAACAGCAUCAAUUUCUCACCGAAAUCAUUUUUCACCACGACUCGGAUACCACCCCCACGUCCACAGAAGGAAUUACAGUAGCGCCUUCUUCCCAUGAACAACCGGACGAGAAGUCUGGCACGACGAUGGCGUCGCACAAGAACGAGGCUCCGGCGAACAACGCCGUUGGCGGGCGCGGUGGUGACGAGUAUCACUGACUGGCGUAUACUGGACUUGUAAGAAAAAUCGAAAUGAAGCUACGUAGCUUCAUUUUGAUUUCAAAAUGAAAUACAAGUAGGACGAAAAAGAAACUUAAAAGAAAGGUAAAGUUACAUGAAAUUAAACAUUAUAACCACUUCGACGUAGAACACCUACCACAUGAAGCGCUCAUCUGCAAGCUCAUGCACGACGUGAACGUGGACAGAGAGCAGAGAGUGAACAAAUUUAAGGAAGCGCGACCAAGAUAGAAUUACUAUUACGUCCUGAUUGAGAUGCGUAGCAAUGAAUUUCAUGUUUUUGUUUAUCUGUUGGAGAAAUUAAAACAUAUUUUUGGCACCCCUUCACCUUCUGACUGCGAAGGAAUGAUUGAAGAAAUCCUGACCUUUACCGCUAGUACCGGGACAGAACAACUUUACAACGUACCUUUGGAAAAAAUCAACGAACGACUUUCACUUCGUAGUUAUAAUUGUGUGUAAAUUAUACAUCAAAUUUGUUGGCAUGGAGAAUUUUUUGCUGAGGAGGACGUAUGUUUGAUUUUUCGGUUUGUUUCUG